AUGGGAAAAGGUGAUGGCAAGUGGGGCAAGAAAGGCGACGGGCUUGUCGGGCCGGGUGGCCCUGGAGUGGGCCCCGGCGCAGCUGCCUGGAAGGGGCUUGCGAAAUGGGGUGGCAAGGGCGACAAAAGCGAGAAGGGUAAUUGGAUUUCUCAGCCCGAGGAUGGGCCGGAGUUGAAAAGGCCACGGAUGGAUGCCAUGGGUCCUGAAUUCUCCCUGAAAGGCAGGGAUGGAGGGAAGGGCCUGGGCAAAGGCUUGGCUCCAGGCCUAACCAAGGGCCACAUGGUGCCACCAGGCCUCAUGCCCAUGGGCCCACCAGACGCCAAGGGUGGCAAAGGCCUAGCUGGUCCUGGUGGGUUCGUGCUACCACAGGCGCCCCCGUUGCAGACGGGCUUGCUCCCGCCUGGGCACACAGCACCUGCCAUGGCCUUGAAUAUGGCCAAGUCGGCGGCUGUGGGCGCCGGGCCACCGGGGAAGCUUGUUCUCCUAGCCCCUGCCACGAAGCACAUCACGCCGGUCUCCAGCAAAACGGCAUCCACCAACAACAAGAAGAUUGCCAUGGAGUUUGUGCACGCUUCCAAGGACGUCCAAGCGCAAAUGCUUAAGGACCCCACCGUGGCCAGAGCCAUUCUCCAAACUCUCGCCGAGUCGCCGGGCACGGCGCCGGGCAUGGCAGUGCUCGGAAGUGGGCCGUUGCCUCCGCCACCGCCUGCCUCCAUGAUGCCGCCGGGACAGGCCAUGAUGUCACCAUUAGCGCAAGCAUCUGCUCCGGCCUGGACUGGCGUAAUCACGCUAGCCCGGAACAUGGCAAAGAAGACUCCGUUCAGGGCAGCGCUGAUCCAGGGCAAGGUGGCAGAUGUGGAGGUUGUGUUGCGAUCAGCAGCAGCUAAUUCCAGUGUUGCUGACAUCACUCACCGCGUCCCCUUCGACGAAGUAGCGAAGAAGGUUGCAAGCGGUUCUAUCCUUUCUCUCGUACCGAAUAGCAUCAUGGAGCAGGCAAGCUUCGAUGAGUACAACAAGUACUUCCGUGCGAAGAGUAGGGCAGGAGUGGCCAGACUCGAUGGUUCAUUGGCCUUGUAUGUCAUGCCCUGCGGCGAGGACAUUCUGGCUCUCAAGGACUCUCUCUAUGCACUGGGACCUCACAUUCCCAGAGCUGGAUGUCUCAUAGGCUUAAUCGCCCCCGGCACUGCUGCUGUCAAUGCGGCACCAGCCACGGCUGCCCCAGUGGGCACAGCCACAGCCAGUAAACCGCCGAAGCAGGACGAUCAAUCAGCAACUGGGGUUUUCGGCUCCAGAGUAGGUAUCAAGUCCGCCGGUGAUCACAGCGUCUGGAAUGCAGCCGUUGCCGUUGCACGAAUCCUCGCAAGCCUGAUUCUCAGGGAUGCAUCUUUCAUGUUGGUUUACCUUGCCAUCGGGAAGGGGUGCUAUGGCUUCUCUGUCGACACGGCGCUGGUCAGUCACCUUUGGAGCUACGAGGGUUUUGCUGAGGACACUCGUGUGGUGGUAGAAGGUUCCCAUGGCUUCUUGGCAGUGUCUUCGGGACGAAGCAUUCAUAUUCUGGACGCCAACUCGCCGGCCAAGCCACGUGUUUCCUGGCCAGACGCCCACCAGGACACGAUCUACUCUAUGCAUUUCAGCUACGAGACGGGUCUCAUCUUCAGCUCUGGCAAGGACUGCUGCAUCAAGUCUUGGGAGAUCGAUGGUGAAGAACUCUCCCUGCAUGGCUCCUGCCCGGAUGCGCACAGGGACUUUGUCGUGGCCCUGCAGUUUCACUCCAGCAGCAGGCUUCUCAUCUCUGCAGGGCUAGAUGGUCUCGUUCGCGCAUGGCGCAUCGCAAGCACGGGUGCGUUCGCACUGCUUGCUACAUCUGCCGAUGCCCAUCCGGAGGGUAUAACGGCUCUGUGUACAAACAUGGCCCAGAACGUGAUGGUUAGCUCUGGCAGGGAUGGGAACCUUCGGCUGUGGAGCUAUAGACCUGGUCGGCUUCGUCUUAUCGAUAGCGAGGUGGACGUGCAUGCAGGCUGGGCAAGAUGCCUGGAAUUCGAUGAAGCGUCUGGCCUUGUGGUUACCGCUGGGGAUGAUGGAGCCAUCAAAGCGUUCGGCUUCAAGGAUGGCAAGUUCAGCUGCUGCAUCAGUGUCGCCAAUGCGCAUGAUGCUGGUAUCCUUGGACUGCAAUUCUGUGCCAAGACGAUGUGCUUGCUGAGUGCUGAUGAGAAUGGCGCUAUCAAGAUGUGGGAGCUGUCUGCUGGAGCCGGCGAGCUUGUGCUCAAGGCCAGCAUCGACAAGGCUCACGAUGGAGGUGCAGUGUCGCACAUGCAGUUUUGCUCGCAGCGUAAGUUGCUCCUGAGUGCUGGUUCAGACAAUUGCCUGCGGGCAUGGCUCUGGCAUCCGGAUGGUCUACAAGCUGUGGCCUCCGCAGUAGCGGAAGGUGGAGGCAUCCUGGCACUUCAGCUUGAUGCUUCGGCUGGAAUCGGCUAUUCCGCAGACGUCGAUGGCGGAAUCAGCGCAUGGAAGAUUGAGAUCGGAGCUGGAAGUCUGAAGCGAAUUACAAAGAAGGCCAAUGCUCACAGUGGCCGGAUUCUGGCUUUCAACUUCGACGCUGCUUCAAAGUUGCUGCUCACGGCAGGUGUGGACAAGGCCGUCUGUAUGUGGCAGUUGGAUGCAAGCGAAAGGAUCGUCAGGGUUUGCCGAUCAAGCCAGGUACUCCAAACUGGCAUCCUAGCCCUGGCGUAUGAUGCCGUGACAGGAAUUGUUAUUGCGGCGGGAAUGUCCAGCGAGAUCAAUGCUUGGCGCCACAGUGGGGACUCCCUGAAGCCGCUGCCUUUGGACAGGGAGCCCGAUCAGGGCGAGGGCCUCCUAGUCUUGCGUUUCGAUGCGGCCUCCAAGGUGGUGCUGGGCGGAGGCAUGGACGGUUCAGUCCGCGCCUGGCAUUUGGAUCUCGCCGCCCUGGAGCGGGUGGGUCAGCCGGUCCGGGCACACCAGGGUUGGGUCCGCGCACUCCACUACGACGCGGACAACGAGGUGCUGGUCAGCUGUGGCGAUGACGGCCAUGUGAAGGCUUGGAGGCGUCAGGGGCUGGCUUUGGCUGAAACGGGCACGGCACUGCACGCCCAUCCGGAUGGCGUGCGAGGCGUCUUGGUCAACGGCCGGCGGCAGCUAGUGUUGAGCUGCGGCGACAACGGCAUGGUCAAGGCAUUUCAGCAAGAGGAGUGGGGGCUCGAAGCCUGCCCCGAUGGUUUACACGAGCAUGGUUCGCCUGUCUUCAAUCUCCAAUACUUCGUGAAGCCGCGGCUGCUCAUGAGUUGUGGUAUGGAUGGAGGCAUAAGGGCGUGGCAGACAGAUCCGGCCACCGGGCGCUUGCGACUGCUAGCGCAGGAGACAGACAACAAGCAGCCGACGCUGGCGAUGAAGUUCGAGCCAAAGAACGGAACGCUUUUCACGUCUGGCCUCGAUGGUUCCAUUCAUGCUUGGAGGCUGGACAAAAGCCGUAUCUCGCCCAUCACAACCGUGGCAGAGGCUCACGAAGGCUCCAUUCGCACGAUGUACCUGGACCGGCGUGCCGGUCUGCUGCACACAGCCGGGGAAGACGGGGCCCUGCGGGCCUGGCAGCUCAAGGGAGACGACCUACAUCGGGUCGCUGAGUUCCAGGAAGCAGAGCCAAGCGGCUUUCAGGUGAUCGCGGUUCACAGUGGAACGAGGCGCCUCGUGGCAGCGAGCGCAGAUCGUGGGCUCAGCGUGUGGCAGCUUCAAGGUAACACCUACCGGCUAUUGUUCAAGGUCGAGGAUGCACAUGUGAACGUGAUCAAUUGCCUUCAGUUCGACGGCGAGAUGGACACUGUUUUCACUGGCUGCCACUCCAUCCGAGUGUGGAAGAUCGCGGGCUCCUUGAAGCAACUCCUGAACUUGACGGAGCCCUUCGGAAAGUCGACAUCCAUCACUGCCAUUCGGUAUCGCCCAACUGGAGGCCUGCUGUUCGGCUGUGGCUCCACAGGCUCGAUCUCCGUCUGGCACUACUCCGAGCCCGAGCUCGUCUUACUCUUGAGUGUCCAGAGCGCGCACAGCCGCGGCAUAGUCUCCAUCGUGCUUUGCCCAGAGCAUGGGCUCCUUUUCACAGGGGGCAACGACAAGGUGUUGAAAAGCUGGCACCUCCGAGGCGGUCUCAAAGCCAAGGGACUAGCCAUGGAGUCCGGGACAAAGCGGCCCUUUUCGGCAUGCCCUGCCCCAUUGGCCUAA